AUGCCUAUACCACCCAAUCCAGACAUAAUAGCAUAUGCUGUGACUGACCCAACAUUGAUUGUGUUAGUUUUUGAGACACCUCUCGAUUUUGAAGUGGGCUUAGAUGCACCACUGGAUCUCUACGUGGAGACGCUCAUGCUAAGAAAGAACUUACAAACCAAGAGCAAGAGCAACACUGAACCCGUCCGGUGUGGAAUAUUUACUCAUGAAAUUGACAUAACGGGGAAUUCGAGAUUGAGCAUCGAUCUCACUGGUGAAGAUGGGACCAAGGAUGAAAUGAACGGAUAUCGGGGCGGUAACAUCGAGUUUUACGUAGAGCAUAUUGGCGAUAAAGAUGUCGACUCUCUUUUACUGACAGUUGCUGGAGGGGAUGGACUGAGUCGUGAUAGCGUCUUUGGAGCAGACACGGACACUGUUGGAGAAAAUGGUGGAAGGCUGGCUGUACAAAGCGCAACGAGCAUACAAUUUCGAGGCUCUGAAAUCAACAAACGUUCUUGGGCAAUUCAUUUGCUCUGUUGA